UGACUGACAGUGCGGUCAGUCCAGAGGUUGAUAUAGGCACCUUUGUACAAUAAUGAAUUAUUUAUCAACGGUCUGUUUAAAGUUUUAAACGGCUUUUGGCGAAGGUAUCCAUCUUCUGGUAAAUAUUCCCUGUCGUUAUGAAUCUCGGAGAUGGUCUGCUGUUUGAACUGGAAAAUGGAAAGCCCAAGUUGAUUCUGCUCAGUCAUGGUAUUGAGAAGAAUCCAGCAAAGCCAUCCUGCAGGUCCAGAGCGGGUAACAUCCUGAGCUCCAGGCAGCCGUCAUGUGUGGACGAGGUGCAGAAAGAGGAGAAUCCGACUGCUCGACAGCAGGCAGGGAGGCACAAAGAAAGCAGGAGCAAGAUUGGAGGAGCAGCUGCCCCCAUCACUUCCAACACAGGGAAGAGCACCACAGGGAGCAAUAGUAGAGUUUUACCCAAGCUGAAGUCAGACAGACACAAAAACAGCACCACUACUGUCGCUCUGAGAGCCAAUGGGAAACCAGGACGUCCUCAGAGCAGUGGGACACAAGCCAGGGGUAAGAAGGGACAGAAGGACACACCAGAUACAGGACUGAAGGAAGGCCUGGUGUGUCUGACCAGUGAGCAGCUUCAGAAGAUCCUCAGCACGGUCCAGAAUGCCAGCAUUGGUCAACUCCAACCAGAGAAGAGCAAGAUCCAGGAAAAUCAGACAGGCUCUAAAUCUGGCUCCUCAUCCAAUGAAGGGGGAGAAGGAGAGAUGAAGGAGGAGGACAGAGGUGGAGAAAAGGCCAAAGAAGAUGUAAUAGGACUUACUGAUAUACCUGGAAGCUCACAGGACAAAAACAACAGGUUGCCUGGAUGUCUGUUCAGCUGGAUGGAUGAGCGAGUGUCAGAGAGCAGAGCGGCCGCCAUUGAUGCCAAGAAGGCUCAGUGGAGGAGAGAACUAGCUGAACAGAUGGCUCUGAAGCAGCAGAAGCAGCAGCGUUCAGCUUCCAGCAGACUCCAGGUGGAGGAGGAUACAGAGAGUCUGUUAUCUGUUCAAACCUCCAUCAGCUACAGAGACCAGCCAGCAGCCAUCAGAUCCAGCCUCAGAGUCGGGGAAGUGACUCCAAUGGAGGAGGUGCUGAGUGCUGAGAGGAAAGAGGAGCAGAGGAGACGCUGGCUGGAGGAGCUGGACCAACAGAGAGAACAGAUGAACGAGCGCAGGAGACGGGAGAAACUCCUGCAGAGCCAGACGGAGGAUCACGAGCUCUGGGCCACACACUUUGACUCUCUGCAGAGGAAACCUCCUCUCCUCCACACAGCAGCUCCCUCAGCUCCACCUCCAGCCCCGUCUAACAGCUCAGAUCGAGGAGAGUGGGAGCCCUCGUCCAGUCUUUCUCUGGUGUGGGAGGCCAUGAGCAGCUGUGGAGCAGAGAGUGUGGGAGGAGCCAGCAUGGAUAUAACCAGUGGAUACCAAAUCAGAACCAGCCAUCUGAGGACAAUGACCGCUCUGCUGGACCCGGCACAGAUAGAAGAGAGAGAGAGGAGGAGGCUCAAACAGCUGGAGCAGCAGCGAGACAUCGAGGCUCAGAUGGAGGAGCGACGGCUGCAGAGGGAGCAGGAGGAGGCAAGGAGGAGAGAGGAGGAGGAAGCCGAGGAGAAGAGGCUGGCACAGGAUAGAGAGAGGAUGGAGAGACAGUAUGAGCUGGAUACACAGAGGGAGAAGCAGAAGUCAAACCAUCAGACAAAAGAACCCCAAAGGAAACCAGAGGAGCAAAAACAGCAGACGCAGGAGACCAGUGCUGUUAGCAGACAUGCUGCGGUUUCUGAGAAGGAGAUCCACAGUUCAGUCUCUCUGCACAAAGACACGGCUGUACAGACAGAAGAAGCUCCCCCCCUCUCUGACCCAGCUGCCACACUCCAGACUCCUGACGCCUCCUCUCAUCACCAGCAACCUCCUUCCCUGUCUGCUGCUCCUCCAAACAACAGGAGCCGUGCAGGGAAAGCAGGCAAGGAGAACAUCUGUGUGCAAGCAGAAAAAAGAGGAGGAGGAGAUCUGUAUCAGGCAUUUGCUCGGACAGAUAGGAGCAGGAGAGACAGGAGGAGGCCAGAGUGGAACACACAGAGGCCAAGUCGACGGUUUGUCCCGGCAUCGGAGCGUUACCCGGCCUCUCUGCAGAAACACAGACAGGAGAGUCGACUGAAGAGGCAGGCUGAGCUCCUGGCUCUGCAGGAGAGGACCUGUUUGUCCAGAACCGACCCUCCUCCUCCUCCUCCUCCUCCUCCUCCUCCUCAGGACCCCCAUCUGCUCCCUAACCCCACACAGAGCAGAACAAGUCCUAACAGGAAGGUGGAGAGUUUAUCUCACAGCCUCUCUGCAGUUGUCACUGAUAGGGGGCGCUCUCCUCCUGUUCCUGCUCUUAGAAACAGAAUUCAGAGUCAGCAGGCUUCCCCCUCUUCCUCCUCCUCUCCUCCUCCUCAUCCCCCUGUCCUGGAGUUUGUUCCUUAUGUCCGGACUGAUGAAGUCUUUAAUCUAGAUCCUCUGGAGCCCGCAGACACUCCACCACCUCACUCAAACACAGAAGCUCCUCCUCAGAGCUCAGCGUCUCAUUCUGCUCCUCCUCAUCGAGAUCCUCUCCUCCACCCCGAACUACGACGUACGCACACUCACCGACAGCAGGAGAUUCUCGAAGGCCUGGCUAAGCUACGGCAGGGUUUGUUACAGAAGCAGAGGGAGCUGGAGACAGACUUUAAUCCGUUACUGAAACGCCAUGACAGCGAACUACGGACAUCAUCAGCAACGCACCGCAUGUGACCUCUCACUUUAGAGAGGCUUCUCCACAGUGUUCAAAGCAGCGAUCAGGGAGAACACCGAGAGUCGAACACCUUUAAACAGAAGUUUGAUGGGCCACUAUGAGGAUUUUACAUCAAAGUUCACAGGCAUGUUCUGGGGACCUCUGAGACUGAUAUAAACUUGUCUUAAAGGGAUGAAUUAUUUGACCUUUAAUAUACAAAAUGUUGGUUUAAAUCUGCUCCAUCAGGUUUACACAGAACACACAUCAUAUUACCCUCUUAAACUUAAACACAACUCAUCAUUUCAGUUUUUCCCCACAUUUUGCUCCAGUUGUUGUCUAAAAAGACAAAAAUGCUCCCUCCUGCUCAUUUAUUGAGUUUGUUAUGCUGAUAUUAAAUGUAGAAAGAAUGUAUUUUAUAUUUGUGUUUGAUGCACUUUUUGAAUGACACUGUACCAAACAGGUAUUCCGUUUGUUACCUUUAUCUGGUUUGGAGUUACUGUGCUGUUUUCUAUCUUGGAUGAAAAAUGUGUUUUUGACUGUUUCUUCAGCUUCCUGCUGGUCGAGGAGCUCUACCUGCUUCAAUGUAAUGUGUUAUCUUUGG